CCCGUCAGCAGCGCGCAUUGGAGACAAAAAAGCGCAUCACGGACAAAGGAAAUAUGGGUGCGCUGGAGAGGAUUCACCUCAGCCGGGAAACACAAUGGAUGAGCCGCUUCUGUUUCAUUCACCGGGAGACAAAUUAGCCCACCUUAAUGAGGUGCUGGGAUGCAAGAUACUGCAAGCUAAAAAGGCGGAAGGCUGCGUUUAAUCCGUCUGCGGAUCCUAUGAGCUUGCAAUGGCUGUGGCGGGGAUAUGCAACUGGAUAGGGAAUAAUGUGCCUUUUUAUUUUGUGAUAUUUUCCUUAUUUUGUGGCCUUUCGUGUGGACAAUUGCGAUAUUCUAUUACGGAAGAACUAGAAAAUGGGGCACUGGUCGGUGAUCUGGCGCAUGACUUGGGGCUGGAUAUUCGAAAGCUCGCCACCCGAAAAAUUAAGGUAACCUCCAACAGCGGUAAACGCUAUGUGAUUGUCAACCCCAAAAAUGGGAAAUUACUUGUCAAUGAAAGGAUCGACAGGGAAGCACUGUGUGAUUUAUCCAGCUCCUGCCUCAUUAAUCUGGAGGUGCUGGUCGAAAACCCCACUGAGGUGCAUCAUGUCGAGGUGGAGAUUGUGGAUGCCAAUGAUAAUGCGCCGCAGUUCCCCAGAGACGAGUAUCAACUGGAAAUCACAGAAUCCUCUUUACCUGGGUCUCGUUACCCAAUAGAAAACGCUCAGGACCCAGACAUUGGGUCCAAUUCAGUUCGCAUGUAUCAGCUUAGCACAAACGACCAUUUCGCGCUGGUAUCUAACAAACCCUCCCUAAAUACAAAGCACAUCGAGCUUGUGCUCAAAAAGCCCCUUGAUCGCGAACAGACGCCUUACCACCAAUUAAUUCUAAGUGCUGUGGAUGGUGGGACGCCAGAGAAAACAGGCACUGCUAAAAUCAAUGUCCGGGUCCUGGACUCAAAUGACAAUGUCCCCUUGUUCGACAGCUCAGUGUACAAGGUGAAACUGUUGGAAAAUUCGCCCAAAGACACCCUGGUAAUUAAACUGAAUGCAACUGAUCUGGAUGAGGGCACAAAUGGGGAGAUUUAUUAUUCUUUCAGCAGUUACACUCCAGAGAGAGUGAGGCAGAUGUUCAGCAUGGACACUAAUACAGGAGAAAUAAGAGUGAGGAACAAUGUUGACUAUGAGGAGACCAACUCCUAUGAGAUGUACAUCCAGGCCAUGGACAAGGGACCUGGGGCCGUGGCAGCACACUGUAAGGUAGUGGUAGAGGUGGUGGAUGUGAAUGACAACGUCCCUCAGAUAGUGUUGUCAUCCCUGUCGAGCCCUGUGAGGGAAGAUGCCCGUGCGGACACAGUAGUGGCCCUCAUUAGUGUUACUGAUCGAGACUCCGGCGCUAACAAGCAGGUGAGCCUGGAGAUCCCAGCAGGCCUUCCUUUCAAGAUCAAGUCAUUCAGAAAUUACUACACUCUGGUUACCUCAGCCUUUCUGGACCGCGAGACCACCGAUGCCUACAAUGUCACUCUGAGUGCCACAGAUGGAGGAAAUCCCCCCCUUUCCUCCCAGAAGACCAUACAGGUGGAUGUGGCUGAUGUUAAUGACAACCCUCCACGAUUUGAGCAGACUUCAUAUACAGUCUAUGUAGCUGAGAACAACGCCCCUGGGGCCUCUUUGUGUACUGUGAAAGCUCAAGACGCAGAUAUCAAAGAGAACGCACGCAUCACCUACACAGUGCUCAAUGACAACAAUCAUGGCAUCCCUGUCACCUCGUAUGUGUCUGUAAAGGCUGAUACAGGGGAGGCUUAUGCCCUGCGAGCCUUCGACUAUGAGUCACUGAGAGAGUUUCACUUCCAGGUCAAAGCCCAAGAUGGGGGCAUUCCUCCACUCAGCCGCGUUGCCACUGUCUACAUCUACAUAAUGGAUCAGAAUGACCAUGCACCACUGAUAGUCAACCCUCCCGGCAAUGGCACGCGCUCCUUGGAGACGGUACAGAAGAACGCAGAGCCUGGUGCCUUGGUGACCAAAGUGGUGGCAUAUGAUGCAGAUGCCGGUCCAAAUGCUUGGUUGGUAUACGUGCUGGAGACAGCCACUGACCUGGACUUGUUCAAGGUGCAUGAACACACCGGUGAGAUCAGAACCACUCGGAGGAUCCUGGAGGACAACUCCACCUCCUUUGCCCUAAGCGUGGUAGUGAAGGACCAUGGGCAGCCUGCUCUCUCCUCUACUGCCACCAUCAAUGUGGCUGUCAUGGAGGUGCCGCCUAAAGUGGUUCCGGACCCCAAGAGGAUCAUCCGACCUCACAACGCGCUGCUGUUCUCCAACGUGACCCUCUACUUGAUUGUGGCUUUGAGUGCCACCACCUUCGUUUUCCUGGUCACUGUGGUGGUGCUGGCCAUCGUCCGCUGCCAUGCCUACUGCACCCAGCCUGGGUCCUGCUCCCCUUGCUGUGUGUCACAGAAGCCCCCUCCAGAUGGUGGGAGCAGCAGUGUGAGUGCUGGUGGGGGAGGCAGUGGUGGCGCCGCAGGGCAACCUAAUAACAAUGUGGUGCUUCGUAGAGACCUUAAAGUGGAGCCUCACUACAUUGAAGUUCGUGGGAAUGGCUCCCUAACAAAGACUUACUGCUACAAGACCUGUCUGACAGCCACCUCUGGCAGUGACACUUUCAUGUUCUACAACACGGGACGUCCCAUCAGUGGUACCUGGGGCAGCGGUGCCGACCGCUUCUUCACCAGCGGAAGUGGAUUUGUACGCAGACUGAGUAUGCCUGAUGCCUCACUGCAGAUCUGCCCAGAGCCAAAAGCCCCGAAUGCUGACUGGCGAUAUUCUGCAUCUUUGAGGGCAGGGGUGCAGAGUUCAGUCCACAUGGAGGAGUCCUCUGUGAUGCAGGGAGCCCAGGGGAUGCUCGUCCAGAACUGGCCCACUGUUUCCAGCGCUGCAGAUGGAGAGGGUGGUGGAGAGCUUUCACCCCCAGUGGGUGCUGGAGUCAACAGCAACAGCUGGCACUUCAGAUACGGUGCCGGACCAGGCUACGGCCCCCCUCAGCCCCUGAAACCCGGAGAGAUUCCUCCCGAAGCCUUCAUCAUCCCUGGAUCCCCAGCCAUCAUUUCUAUUCGCCAUGACCCAGGCCCUGUGGAUGACAAAGGUGACUUCAUAAGCUUCGGCAAGAAGGAGGAAGCCAAGAAGAAGAAAAAGAAGAAGAAAGACAAGAAGGACAAGAAGGAGAAAGGAAAGGAUGAAGGGGGUGAAGAAUAGAGGAGAAGGGGUGACUUGCAAACAGAGCUACCAACAAACAAUCAUCCCAAUUUCAGAGCCAGAAAAAGUUAAAUGCAUAUUGUAGAACCGAGGGAGCCUCUUUGCACCGUAUUUGCAUAGACACUGUACAGUGGCCAAGCCCUCAUUAGAUCAGGCCUGGCUCCCCACACCAUGCCAACUUGCUAAACAACGUUCCUUUCUCUUUCUUGGCUCAUUUGGCCCAUAACUUUGGCCAAGGUUUAUGGUAAACAAAUGUUCUGGACCAAAUUAAAACAGAAAGUAAUUUAUUGGAUUAGAUUAGCCUUUCUGUGAUUUGCUGCCCCCAACCUCUAGUUUGUAUAACGAAAAAAACAAAAACACCUGAAAAGGUGUGCUAUUUGUAUCUGACCAUUGUCAGCCGAGGCUGCCCGUGUUGGCAUCUCUGUCUUUAUGCAGCCCCCUUCCUUUUUGACACUUACCUAGUUGGAGGUGAAGUUGAAGCCAAACUAAAAUAAAAACAAAACAAAAAAAAACAAAAAACAAAAAAAAUAUAUCAAUAAAAACAGAGGCUUUUGUCUUCAGUAUUUUGGAGGCCUUGUAGAAAUUCAGAAAAUGUGGUCUUUUGUAAAAAAUGAAAAAUGAAAAAGUAACAACAUACAGUAUAUGUAUCAUGAGAUUGGCACCUUUAAGAGAAUGAGGUGGCUGAGCUAAACAGGACCACACUUCAAUAAAAGAGCUCUGUUUCAGUGUAACAUAGCACAUUGCAGAGGAUGAGGACCUGGACUGGGUUGCACCAACUAUGCGCAAGUUUGUUCCCAGGUUAUUGUAUAAAUUAGUGGCUCCAGAACUGCUAGUUCAUUUGCAAUUAGCAGGUUAUUAAAUUGGACUGUACCAUGGGUACGGGGGUUCCAAUGGCUGUAGGUAAUUAUAACAUGAAGAUUUGAGAUGAGUAGCGAGUCAGUGAGAGCACUACCUUGCUGAUGGGUACAAACCUCUUUGAUUUGUAGUUGACUAGAUUGGCAUAAAAAUUACGAUUGGUUAAUAGAAUCCAUAUUUGACUCUUAAAGGAAAAUACUAGUUUUUGAAUGUUUUCGUCCAUUCUCUACAAAUCAUGUUAUAGCUAACAUCAGUGCUAACCAUUUUCCAAAACACGCCACUGUGUUUUGGGAAUUUUGAUGUGUUUGUUUGUUGUUUGUUUCUUUUUUUUUUUUUUUUUUUCUAUCUUCAUUUAUUGUACGAUAGCACAAAGAUAAAAUAGCUGAGACUGGAACAUAUUCUGGAUUAGGAAAUUCAUCAAAGUGAAAGCAGCAUGUGUUGUUGUUGUUGUAAGUUACAUUUUCAUCAUCAUGUGUCUUUGACAAAAUCAAACACAGACAUGGUGGAUUACAAAUGUAAAGCAAGUCUCAGCAUUUUGAUUUUUAGACUGUGUGGAAGUGAAUGGAAACUAGAUUGUAGUGUAAGAAGAAUAAUGUAAGGAAAAGUCUUAAGUAACGUGUAGAAAAUGGACAGAAAACAUUCAAAAUCGCUGCUGUAGUCCUUUAAAUUUGCAAAAUGGCAUGAGAUCACUAAAGAAAAAAAAUAUGCUGAAUGCAGAAACAAAAAGAAAAAAAAAUCCUGCUUUACUGUUAGUGAGUGCAAUUGUGUGACUUUGUAUCAUUUGCACCUGCUUUAUUGCUUGCUUAACUACUUAGUUGUUACUUGAGGUUAUGUUGUAACAGAUGUUUGUGGUGCUACCGCUUAUAUUUUAGCAAUGUGUGAAUCAGGAUUAGUGGCUACUUCGGAUAUAACUAGGGAACCUACGUGCAGCUGAUGCAACCGGCCCCUGACCUUGCCUCUUCUCUUUGGAAUAUGGCACAGGUCAACGGGGUCUUAAUCCCACUGUGUAUCAGCACACCCAGUCUGACACACAUACACACACACAUCAUUGGACACUAAUACUGACUGUCUCUGCCUAUUACUCACACAUACACCCAAGCGAACACACACUGUCUCUUCUCUCUCUUAAACACGCAGACAUACAGUACAUAGAAACACAGAAAGAACAAAAGUACCCUAAAACAAUCCACACCCAUUUCUGGAAACUCCCGAAUCUAAGACUGAAGGCCAAUGCCAACCUUAAUAUGGGAGUGUAUUAUACGCCCGGGGACACAGGAAGGUUGCUUGUUGCUUCAUUUCUGUUCAAGCCUGAUCCCUCUACUUCUGUCUUUGAAUGUUAAAUAGUUGCCCUGCACCACUGCCUCAACUGCUUCAGUGCUUGUAGGAUUUGCUUGCCCGCUGCCUGUUUCCUCCCUCUGCUCCUGUUUGUUCAGAUCAACAUGGUUGGACAACGUCUUUCGAGUCGCUCUCCUUCAACGAACUGUGCAGUCGUAACACAGCAACAUUUGUGUAUUUGCAUAUUUACACACAGAAUACACACACAGACACACAUACGCCACACACAUCCACACACACACACACACGCACACACAUAUCUUUUGUUAGGUUCAACUUCAGCUGAGCUUAGGCGCUUCAGCCAGAGUGUCUCUUCUGAUUGCUCAUUGUUGACAGCUCUGCCAUCCCUCGCGUUGGUUCUGUGCGUUGCAUUGUGAGGUCGUCUGACAGGUUGGCAAAAAAACUGAGAAUAUGCUGCAGUGGAUAUAAUGAGACAAGAUGGAAGAGGGUGAAAGAAGAGUCAGGAAAAGAAGUGAUUGUAGUGUGGUAGUGUGCAGCUCCAACAUAGAAGACUGGGCAAGUCAUUCCUCUUUUGCACAAACAGCGGUAUUCUAGUUAUUCCUGUGUCAGCUAUUAGUGACAAUUGAGCAACUUGGGUCAACUAAAACCACUUACAAAACGCAGCGCAGUUCAGCAGCAGUAGAGAGAGGUUGGUGGUUGACUUGGAAAGAGUGGGGUAUCCUCUUAUGAGUUAAUGUAGGAGAAACACACUGUUGAUGGUGCACCACUGAGAGAUAACAACAUGAAAGAUGAUACUAGAAAGCAAGCAAAGAUAAAACAAAUCACAGCUGGCAAGACCUUUGAAUAAUACAUUCAUCUGCUUAAUUGCUGCACAUAAACACUGGAAACAAGGCUGCUGCUGCGAAGUUCCCCCGUCUCAGGGAAACUUUAAAAAGUUGCAGUGACCCAAGUGUGAAUUGUGCAAACUGAUCAACCUUAUUUGGUCCUGGCAUUAUGAAACCCAGAUCUAGCAUGGUGGAGGAAGGGGUAGGGUAGGGCGGUAGAUACUGGAACAGCAUCAACAUGGUGAAAAGUGUCAUGAAAUCUCUCCUCAGUGUUCCUGUUUUUUUUAGACCAUCGUAUUACCAGUCACAGUAGGGGUAUAUAGGUGCUGCUAUCAGGCUCAAUCCCUCCCAUGCACAUGUUUCCUUCCCCUUGCCCUGUCCUUCAGGUGUACUUCUGUGCUGUCAGAUCACCAAGUGGCUGUUUGCAUGUUAUAAGCAAAGGAAACAGAUACUAUAUAGAUACUAUAUAUACAUAGAUAUGUUUUUCCACUGGGAAAUGCGUAUUAGAAUACAUAUACCUCUGAUACACAUUCUCAAAGACAAUACACUCACAUUCAAAGACCCUCAAUCCUCCAUACACGCAUAAAUACAUACGUACAUAUACUCUAUUGCGAACAGUAAUUUGUGGAAAAACCUGAAAGAAUCACAUUUUUUAUCCUGUUGAAAAUGAAUUUAAUCUUCUAGAUAUACAUAAUGCUAUUGUGUUAUGCUAAGAAAUGCCUUUUUUUCUGUUUUUAACCCUUAUGAUUUUUCAUUGUAAGAAAAACAAUUCUUAAACUUGUGUUAAGCUUUGAAAUGAUGAUCAAACAAACACUGUUGUGAAAUAAAAAUCAUUUACUCACCCUCCAUAUCUAUUCCUUGCCCAGUAGAGAAAAAAAGCAGAAAAAGAAGGAAAAAAAAAUUAAAAUAUAUAAAAUGUUAUAAAAAAAAAAAAAUAAAGUU